AUGGAGGGAGGAGCACUUCAACAAAAGACGGUCAAGAACUGGUUCCCCGUCGCCAAAACGCUACACAGCUUCAAGAUAGAGAUCGGUACGAAGUUUGAUUUUGUGGACACGUUAAAGGAGCUGGUCCUGCAGAUGUAUUCAAUCGAGAGGGCGUUCGCUACGAAAAGGAAGAACUUCAGAAUCAAACGUCGCUUCAAUGGCAAGUGCUUCUACUGCAAGAAGUCAGUGCACAAAGUGUUCGAGUGGCGCAAGAAGAAAGCGCACGAUAGAUGUGGCCAUGUGGCGCAAGCUCAAGCGUCAGACAUUGCGUUCACGACUGAAAGUGCGAUGACCAAAUUAGCAUGGCACGUCAAUUCUAGUGCAAGUUCGCACAUAACCAGCGUCUGGGACAAGUUCGUGUCCAUGAAGGACUGA